UGGCGGCCCCGCCGGGCGGGAGCGCGGAGCCGCAGGUGGGUGCCGGGGCCGGGCGGGGACAGCCCGGGCGUCCCCUCGGAGCCCCCGGGCCGCCUCCCUCCCUCCCUCCGGCUCGGAGCAGGACCUCUCGGAGCAGGGAGGGCCGCGGGCAGCGGCGGAGCCCCGCCGGGAGCAGCCGGGACGAGGAGCGGGAGGCGCCGGCAGCCGCGGGGAUCUCUGUGCGCAGGAUGGGGGCUGUGCCCGCACGGCCCCGACAGCAUCCAGGACAUGAAGACAAAACACACGGGAAUUAAGCCGUACUGUAAUACAGAUCAGGUUUCAGAGGAUGCACUUGUGCAGAUGAAGAGUGAAGCGGCCAGCCCAGGUAGGCUUGUAAACAAACUCCAUGGAUGCUUCUCAGGUUGUGCUGCCAAGGACCUGUAGUUGCUCUGACUCUGCUCUCAGGACACACGAACUCAAACGUGCACUAACACGAGGUGUCUGCUUGAAUCGAAACAAUUCGCUGUUAACACAGAGCCAAGGAGUCAGCUCAAGUACAGCUGCCUUGGCUCCUCUUCUUUGCUCUCCCUGGGAUCACGGACACCACCCUGCUUCUUUAGGAAAGAGAGAAGAAAUCAGAUAAAACUGUCCACACUGUCUUGCUGACAUACGCAGAGCCACCCUAUGUUCAUUUUCCUUAGGAACUAAUAUUUGGAAAAGAGUUACCAUAAAGAAACUUGUGAAGUCUAAAGGGAAAACCAGCUGUUCUGAGGUCUCUGUCAUUGCAGUACUUAGAGAUGAACAAAGAAGUCCAAUUCACUAAUGAAGCCCUUGUGCUUUGGAUUGCCUCGGAGUUCCAGGAUUUUUCCACCAAAAAAGGAGAGAUGAAGCACUGUGCCCUGUGACAUUUAUUUUUGCUGUUUUCACCACUGGAGGAUGGCUGCCAGACCCUGUGAAAAUGGUUCUGCUCAGCACCACUGCACCCACGCCAGCCAACGUCUUGAAAUCAGCUACAUGCUGGUCCUGAUUAUGCUUGGAAAAGUCUUCCUCGAUUUCUUCAUGUUGCAAAUUAAGCCAAGACCUGUGAAAGUCAGUUUUAUGGGAUACUUCUGCGUUUCAGUGGCACUUCUCGAUUUCACACUGCUGCUGAGCAUGUGUUUCAUUUUCUGUUUUGAGGACUUUGUGCUCUGGGGCGUGCGAUUCACAGAGUACCACAUCUGCCUCUUCACUCAGAUCACCUCUCUGACCUACGGGAUCUUGCCUUACCCGGUGUACCUGGUGGCUGCCCUGGAUUAUUAUACCACUGUCUCCCGAACAUCCCAGGUCCCUACAAGAGGUCGGAAGUUACUUUAUGGAUUUGCCGUGGUGGUUAUAUGGAUUUCUGGGUUUUUUUGCACUCUCCAAGUUCCUGCUGUCUCUGAAGAGCUGCAAAUGCAGAAGAGUGUUUCCCCUUCCCAGUGCCCUCUCUCUGGCAGCUGGCAGAGCUCCUCGGUGUCGUGGGCCAUGGUGCUGCUGCUGGGCACGGCUCUCCUGGCUGGCUGGAAGGAGGUGACAACCAUGCUGCUGUCUGCCAGGCUCCUCUCCUUUUCCAGCCAGCCUGUGCUGAUGUUCCCCUACGUGCCUAACAACAACAACAACACCUGCUUUAAGUGGCAGCUCCUGAGCAGGCUCCUCCUGUGUUUCCUUGGCACUUGGGCACCGUUUGUUGUUCUCCAGGUGGUGGUUGUGCUCCUGGGUGUGCAGAUCCCAGCCUAUGUGGAGAUGAACGUGCCCUGGCUGUGCUUCAUCAACAGCUUUCUCCUGGCAGCAGCCUACUGGUGCCGGUGCCACGAUGUGGAGCUGACGGAGGAGGGGUGGUGCACAGACCCCUUUGUCAGCUGGAAAUUCUGCUUUAUGCCGUUCAACAAUGAAAGCACACAGCCAGCUGAUAAGCCAGGCACAGUAAUUGUCAUCUGUUAAUGAGCUGCCGACUGAAAGGGCUGCAAAGAAGCAGAACUCUGAUGUUGGGUGGCCGGGUCCUUACAGACAACGCAAGGAAACAUCUCCAGAGCUUCACUCCAUAGAAACAAGUCCAGUGUCUAGCAAGACUUCAGUGAAUACUGCACUGCAAGCACUGCCUGGUCAGGGAAUUCAUCUUCAAACUACACGUUUAAAAAACCACUGCUUAUAUAGGACAAGUUUUCAGUCAUUUUUCUGACUAGAAUUCUACUCUUCCUUUAAAUGGAAUUAUCUCAGGUUUACAGUACAAAAUGCAAUAAAGUCUUCACGGCUGGAGUUACAUGCAGAUGCUGACCCAACGUUCAAAUGACUUUUUGAAGUGUAUUUUGUUGCCAAAAUGUGGAUUUUUGUCAGCUUGAUGGAAGGUAAGGGUUGCUGUCUGUUUAACAAGAAAUAACUUGUUUUAGUUAAAAUUACGACUCCUACAGAAAUAGAAAUUUUAUGUAGUGCAAAACCAGUGCAAGAUGUGCAACUUCCACAACCACGGGAGAGGUGCUGUUUCAUUGUUCCUUUGCUGCUGUUCCUCUAAGGUACACGAACAUAUUAAUAAUUAAAUAAUUAAAGCAAUAAGCAUCAAGGUUAGCUGCUAUACAUAAAUGCAUGCCCAAGGUUAAAGAAUGGUUCAAAUUAAAAUAUAGAUUAUUUUGAAGCCAAAAUUACUUUAAAAGAGUUAAAUAUGAAGUG